AUGGCGUGUGUGUUGGAGGCGCCGCUCCGCAUGAGCGUCCUCUCGGAGGUAACGGCAAGUAGCCGCCACUAUGUUGAUAGAUUAUUUGACCUUGAUCCUCAGAAAGUCCUGCAAGGUGUCAUAGAUAUGAAAAAUGCUGUAAUUGGAAACAACAAACAAAAAGCCAACUUGAUUGUUUUGGGAGCAGUUCCAAGGUUGCUGUAUUUGCUUCAGCAAGAAAGCUCCAGCACAGAACUGAGAACAGAAUGUGCAGUGGUCCUUGGAAGCCUUGCAAUGGGUACAGAGAAUAAUGUCAAAUCCCUACUAGACUGCCAUAUUAUCCCAGCCUUAUUGCAAGGAUUACUGUCACCAGAUUUGAAGUUUAUUGAAGCUUGCUUGCGAUGUCUCCGUACCAUUUUCAUCAGUCCUGUAACUCCAGAGGAUCUACUGUACACGGAUGCUACAGUUAUCUCUCACCUCAUGGCACUGCUCAGUAGGUCUCGAUAUACACAGGAAUACAUAUGUCAGAUCUUCUCGCAUUGCUGCAAAGGUCCAGAUCACCAGACAAUCUUAUUUAACCAUGGAGCUGUUCAGAAUAUUGCACAUCUGUUAGUCUCCACCUCCUAUAAAGUUCGAAUGCAAGCAUUGAAAUGCUUCUCAGUUCUAGCCUUUGAAAACCCACAGGUAUCUAUGACUCUUGUAAAUGUGUCAGUUGAUGGAGAAUUGUUACCGCAAAUUUUUGUGAAGAUGUUACAAAGGGACAAGCCUAUUGAAAUGCAGCUCACAUCAGCCAAAUGCCUUACUUCCAUGUGCAGAGCUGGAGCAAUACGGACAGAUGAUUCUUGCAUCGUUCUUAAGACUCUGCCAUGUUUGGUUCGAAUGUGUAGUAAGGAAAGACUGCUGGAGGAGCGAGUAGAAGGAGCAGAAACAUUGGCCUACUUGAUUGAAACAGAUGUGGAGCUCCAGAGAAUUGCCAGCAUUACUGACCACCUCAUUGUGAUGCUUGCUGACUACUUCAAGUAUCCCAGCUCAGUGAGUGCAAUCACUGAUAUCAAGAGGCUUGACCAUGAUUUGAAGCAUGCCCAUGAACUGCGCCAGGCUGCUUUCAAGCUCUAUGCUUCCCUGGGAGCAAAUGACGAAGACAUCCGAAAAAAGAUCAUUGAGACUGAGAAUAUGAUGGACCGUAUUGUUAAUGGCUUGUCUGAAUCUAGUAUCAAGGUGCGAUUAGCUGCAGUCAGAUGUUUGCACAGUUUGUCCCGUUCUGUACAGCAGCUCAGGACAAGUUUUCAGGAUCAUGCUGUAUGGAAACCUUUAAUGAAGGUUUUACAGAAUGCUCCAAGUGAAAUCCUUGUAGUAGCAUCUUCCACGCUAUGCAAUCUUCUUCUGGAGUUCUCCCCAAGCAAGGAGCCUAUUUUAGAAUCAGGAGCCAUAGAACUUCUAUGUAGUUUGACACAGAGUGAAAACCUCGCCUUGCGAGUGAACGGCAUUUGGGCUUUAAUGAAUAUGGCAUUUCAAGCAGAACAGAAGAUCAAAUCAGACAUCUUACGAGGUCUGAGCACAGAGCAGUUAUUCCAGUUGCUUUCUGAUUCUGAUGUAAAUGUUCUGAUGAAAACUUUGGGACUGCUCAGGAAUCUUCUAUCUACUCGCCCACACAUAGAUCAUAUAAUGAGCACUCAUGGGAAGCAAAUCAUGCAAGCAGUGACGCUCAUUCUGGAAGGGGAGCACAAUAUAGAAGUCAAAGAGCAGACAUUAUGCAUACUUGCUAAUAUAGCAGAUGGAACAACAGCAAAAGAACUGAUUAUGACCAAUGAUGAUAUCCUGCAGAAAAUCAAAUACUACAUGAGUCAUUCAAAUGCUAAACUUCAGCUUGCUGCCAUGUUCUGUAUAUCUAAUCUCAUAUGGAAUGAAGAAGAAGGUUCACAAGAACGCCAAGAUAAACUACGAGACAUGGGAAUAGUAGAUAUUCUACAUAAAUUGAGUCAGUCAUCAGAUCCAAAUCUGUGUGACAAGGCGAAGACAGCACUCCAGCAGUAUCUUGCAUGAUCAAAGGCUAAUUGAAUCUAUGGACACCCCUCAUGUCUACUUAAGGAAUAGCAGGAGAUAUUCCUGACUCCUUAUAUUUGCACAAGUCACCUUGGGCUGCAUUUUUCUCAGGUGCAGGGAGCUGCUUUGCAGAAACAGUUUAAAUGAUCAGGUCUCCAAUGCACUUGAGAAUUUUCUUGAGGUAGUUUCUUAACUCAGAGGACUCCCAGGGGGUUGUUUUGGUUUUUUGGCUGGUUUUGGUUGGUUGUUGGU